AUGACAGUCGUUUCAUCUUCCCGGUACUCAACCGGUGAGAUCGCCACCGCUGAGGCGGCCGAGUCAUUUUCAUGGGAGGCACCUGUACCGGUCAAUCGCUUCUGGGACAGUUUCAGCUACGGCACUGCCCGGAGUUUUCUGGGCAACUUUUCAGAUGCCGAACUGGAACAGCUAGCCAUCGACCCAGUGGUAAUAGACUCCGACAAUACCGCAGACCAGCAAAAAAAGCUUCAGCUUCUCCUUCAACUACUUCGAAAUAAGCUGGCAAACGAAGAAACGGCACACUCGCGACCUCAGUCACUCUAUGAUGUCGAUUACAAACGGUGGCCGGACGAGUCGAACGUUGUCCCUCUUCAUAUGCUAGCGGAGUACUUUGUCAAGGCUGGGAAAUAUAAGGAAGCGGAGGAAAUUGCGCGGCCGGUUUGUGAGUGGAUGGAUGCUUGUUCACACCUCGGCAAAACCUCUCCGCAAGCUAUCAACACUCGGGGGAUUAUCACAAGAGCUCUAUGGGGCCAGGGUCCUUCACGACGAUCCGAGGCUGAGGCCUUAAUUGCCAAUAUUCGUGAACUUGUUGAUGGCAUGGGUGAAAGCAAGUUUUGCAUUUACCAGAAAGAGGAGGUGAGGCUGAAUAAGGAAAUGUUGGCUGACCUGAAGCUCGAGAUUUAG